AUGGCUAUCUUAGACGAACAUCUUCGGGACACGGUACACUACACAAUCGAACUGUAUGUCAGUCAAUCCAAGUCCAAACAAUUAAAGCAUUUGAUCCCUUCUAAUGAAAAGAGAAUUGUUUCAUUGAUUAAGAAGGAUAAAUCAUACCAACAAGAACUUAGAGACACCCUUUCCAAGCGGGACUAUUAUGUCAACAAAUUAAACAAGUCAUUGAAUGCAUUAGUAGAGAGUAACAGGAAUACUCCUAUUGAGGAUGAGGAGGCAAAAACAGAAAACACUAGACCUAAACUGAAUGUUGAAUCUGAACUCGAUUCCAGAUUCAUCAGUAAUCGAUACCAUGCAGAGAAGUAUAUUCAAAACUUGGAUGAUACAUCAAGAGAAAAGCUAAGACAAGUAGUCAGAAAGCAUUAUAUGUUCCAGAGACAUUAUGAGAAUAAGAGAAAGGCAAUGAUCAAGGAUCCGAGCUUUAAUGAUGCUGAACUAGAUAAGAAGCUUGAUGAGUUAACCCUCGAAAUUGCAAAUAAACAACAAGCACUUCAUCAAGAGAGUAUUAAAUUGUUAGAGGAGCUUAAAAUACCGUUUUUCGUAUUAGAAAAGGGCUGGGAGUAUCCUGAAUUAGAUACCGAUAAAAUAUAUAUUCUACAAUACUUACAAAGAUUGACUGAAUAG